AGCUUAAACAACCCAAAGUCAAACAUUCACCCCAUAGCCCAACAGCUCUCAUUUCUCUUCUUCAUUAUAGAAACAAAAAUGAAGUCGGAGACUUUGACGUUAGUGCUGGUGAAUCUGGCUGGAAUCAUGGAAAGGGCCGACGAGGCUCUCUUGCCAGGAGUGUACAAGGAAGUUGGGGAGGCUCUCCACACCGACCCAACUGGCUUGGGAUCCUUGACUCUCUUCCGAUCCAUAGUCCAAUCUCUGUGCUAUCCUCUCGCUGCUUAUCUAGCUAUUCGUUACAACCGGACUCACGUCAUUGCUCUCGGCGCUUUUCUUUGGGCCGUCGCAACUUUCUUUGUCGGAAUUUCCUCCACUUUCUUACAGGUGGCAAUUUCGAGAGGCCUUAAUGGGAUUGGACUCGCCAUUGUAAUACCAGCUAUUCAAUCUCUUGUUGCAGACUCAACUGACGACAGCAAUCGUGGGGUAGCUUUUGGAUGGCUAGAACUAACAGGAAACUUCGGCGCCAUCAUCGGUGGCCUUUGUGCCGUCUUAAUGGCGUCAACGUCGUUCAUGGGAAUUGCUGGUUGGAGAGUAGCUUUUCAUCUGGUUGCACUCGUUAGUGUGAUAGUUGGUAUAUUGGUAAGCUUGUAUGCAAAUGAUCCAAGAUUCUCUGAGACUAAAGAUGGUAGAGCUAAGAAUCAGUACAGGUCCGAAAAAUCAUUUGUUUCGGAGAUGAAAGAACUGAUCAAACAAACAAAAUCAGUCAUCAGAAUCCCAACUUUUCAGAUAAUCGUGGCGCAGGGUAUUUCUGGAUCAUUUCCCUGGUCAGCUAUGUCAUUUGCUACAAUGUGGUUGGAACUCAUUGGAUUUUCCCAUAAGAAGACUGCUUUCCUUCGGACUCUUUACACCGUUGCUUGUUCAUUAGGGGCCCUUUUUGGAGGUAAAAUGGGAGAUGUUCUGGCAAAGCGUUUUCCUAAUUCCGGAAGAAUAGUUCUUUCUCAGAUAAGCUCUGGCUCGGCCAUUCCUUUAGCGGCGGUUUUGCUACUUGCGUUGCCUGAUGAUCCAUCCACAGCGUUCAUCCAUGGACUAAUGUUGUUCGUCAUGGGAUGUUUCAUAUCCUGGAAUGGUCCAGCUACUAACAAUCCAAUUUUUGCAGAGAUAGUAGCUGAGAAGUCUAGGACAAGCAUAUAUGCUCUGGAUCGAUCUUUUGAAGCGGUCUUAGCCUCAUUUGCUCCCCCAAUAGUGGGACUCUUGGCUCAGCAUGUUUAUGGUUAUAAACCAAUUUCAAAAGGGUCAUCCGAUGCAGCGGACAUUGAAACAGACAGAGAGAAUGCUGCAUCACUAGCCAAGGCACUCUACACGGCCAUUAGCAUUCCAAUGGUAAUUUGUUGUUUCAUUUACUCAUUCCUCUAUUGCACAUACCCGAAAGACCGCCACAGAGCGAGAAUGAAUGCUUUGGUAGAGUCAGAGUUGCCUCAGCAAGAUGAAGAGGAAGACAAUUCUCUUUCAAGAGCUGGAUCAAGUCGAAUUCAUGUUACAAAAGAUAUGGGAUAUGGGAUUGAAGAUGGCAUUGAUCAUGAAUUAGAUGACGAUGAUGAGAAGUAUUUGCUUUCCCACAAGCUACCACUUCUUUCAAACAAAGUAGAAGAAAGAACCUGAAAUAAAAUUCGUAUUUUCCAUUAGUGUACAAUGAUAAAAGCUUCUUCACCCUACACUCUUUGAUGAUCAAGAUCAACAUUUGCUUAUGAUAUAUAUAACAAGCAAAUUCAUACUUA